AUGCAAGCCGGCGAACACCCUCUGGAAUUUGCCUGGACUUUCUGGUUUAUGCACCGUCCGCCGGGACAGAAAAUUGACGAUUACGAGGCGGCAAUGAUAAGGAUUGCGACAUUCGCCAGUGUUGAGUCAUUCUGGGCUGUUUACAGCCAUAUUAAACGCCCCGAUAAGGUACCGACUAUCACUGAUUAUCAUAUGUUCCGCUCCGGCGUCAGGCCCGUAUGGGAGGACUCGACGAAUAUGCAUGGCGGCAAAUGGAUGAUUAGGCUGAAAAAGGGGCUUUCUCCGAGACUUUGGGAGAAACUUGCUAUGGCGGUGGUCGGGGAUGUCUUUGGGGUUGGUGGUGAGAUUUGCGGUAUUGUGUUGUCGAUUCGGAACUCGGAGGAUAUUAUCUCGCUGUGGAACAAGACUGCAUUUGAUUCAAGGACCAAUUUGCAUAUCAGGGAUACAAUGAAGAUGACCAUGGGACUUCCUGUUGAGUGCAUUAUGGAGUACAAGGCGCAUAAUGACUCGCUCAAGGACAACUCGAGCUUUAGAAACACUGAUAUUUACAAGUAG